AUGAUAAAGUUUGUGGCUUGCAUUCUCUUCGCCACUGUGGUUCAUGCGCGUUUACUUCGCAAGAGACAAACUCCGUGUCCGGAAGACUGUGAUGCCUCCCGCUGCCCUGCCGCACCUGAAUCACAGUGUUACUACGGUGUAGUGAAGGACAGCUGCGGAUGCUGUACAGUAUGCGCGUCUGGAGAAGGUGACAUUUGCGGGGAGCGCGGUAUUGGCAUUUGUGGCGAGGGGAUGACAUGCGAAUAUCCAGCUGGAAUUCUCAGAGUUCGCGGUUCAUGCGUUUGCACCCUUGCAGAGCCCGUGUGCGGAAGUGAUGGAAGGACUUACCCCAGUAUGUGCCGCUUGAGAGCCGAGAACAAAAUAGCAGAAUUCAGUAUAAAUCCGCCGGUCAUCUUGAUUCAGAAAGGCCACUGUGAUUCGGGUGAGUAUCCUAGUGGUGGUUGAGGGCCAAAGGAAGAAAAGUUUCAUAGCCUACAUUUAUUCUUCUCCAGUCAAUCGUGUAAAGUAGCCUACUGUUAUCAAGACAUUAGUUUGUGUUUGUGUAUUUUCUUUGUUGAAUAACUGGAUUGUACAAUCCUAAUCGUUGAAUAACUGGAUUGUACAGUCCUAACUGCUUGUCAAAUUGACCCAACAUGGGUAUUUGUGCUCUGCUGCAAUGUGUAAGCCAGGCUGCAUGUAGCCUACAUCCUGUCUGUCAGGGAUUGGAAUUAACCUAUUAAGUAGGAAGGCUAAACUGCUGCUUCUCUCUAAGGUCAAGCCAUCAUCUUAUUUUACAGCCUACUGAAGAAUGCUUCACCUUUCAUUCUCUAUCUGAUCCAAUUAUGUAAGGGAAAACUUGAUUAAAUUGCUUUCUCCAUCUGAGAAAAAACACCCCGGCCAGAGCCUUGGCAGAACUUUACAACAUUACUGCAAACCAAGCCCACCAAUAACAUGUUAUUUCAUUGAAAAAGGAUAGAGAGAUCAACUUUAUUUGAUAAAGGUUGAUCCUGUUAAUAUACCAUACAAUGAUAAAAUGCCCUGGUCAAAAGCAGUGCACUAUUUAGGGAAUAGGGAGGCAUUUGAGACGCAGCAUAUUACUUUCUAGCACUGUUUGAGAUGGUGAAUUGUACAUAGUCAUAAAAGUCCAAGAGAGCAGGAGGGAAUGAUCUGGUAUGGGGCCUCCGUAUUUGCUCCAUGAUCAAGCUGUUGAGAUCUUGAUGGAUCUGAGAUUAUAAUAAAUGCCAGUUUGACAGUCUGCUGUUCAAUGUUGUGCCAGCCAGAAAUAGUGUUAAACAUGGUAAUGGUUUCAUUAUUAUUGACAAAACUGUUGCUAUGCCUAAAUGGAAAUGUGUCCAUAGCAACACAAUCUAGGCCUAUUACUCAUAACAAGUGGUUACUUAUUGUUGCUAUACCCACAGUAGAAUGUGGAUGGAGAAAAUAAGACAUGUAUUAUGCAUUAGAUCCCCUCCUGGUUUCUGAGACAGGCAGGUGUGUAAACCACAUGGCUUCCAAUUACUGUGUGCUUUGGAGGGUGUCACAUAAUGUUUAACGGACUGGCAAAAGAAUGAGGUGAUUGGACUGAGUAAUCACCUGAAUGAGAAGCAGCCUAUAAGAGGCUUGGAGCAUGUGGAGGGGUUAAGAGAGCAAUCGUAGAGAGAACAGUAACUUCACAUUUCACUGCAUGACAGGAUUCUUCCACAUGGGAGCCAGAGUUGCGUACAAAACAGAGCUGUGUCGACUACCUUUGCAGCAACAUUCAACACUUUACUCAGUUACAGAGCCUGUAUUCAUAAAGUGUGUCUGUGUAGUGAUGAGAGUGCUGAUCUUGGAUCAGUCUUGCCUUUUAGAUCACAAUUAAUUAGAAUUACAUGGACAGGGGGGACCUGAUCCUAGAUCAACAUUCCUACUCUAAGAAGCUUGAUACAUACGGCCUCAGAUGUACACUACAGGCAGGAAAGGUGUUAACACAUUAUUUCAUCACCUCCCUUUAGCGUUUCUUAGUAAUAACACCAGCCUGAAUAAGCAGCCACACUGAAUGUGUUGACAGCUUUUUCUUUGCUCAUUGUAUAAAAGUUGUUGGUGGUGUGUUUUUUAUGCUUUAUGUCUCUGUGGGGUUGUUACAGAGGUUCUAGUUGAUUCUUAGCCUAACAUACAGGAGUAUAACAGUCUAAUAUGGCCAGAAAUAUAGGGCUGGGGCCUCGCAAUAUGAUAUUAUCGCGAUGCUUAAGUGCCGGUUACAGUAUGUAUUGCGAUUCUAUAUGUAUCGAUAAUGUGAUUUUAUUGCGAUUCGAUGUUCCAAACAUAUUGCUCACCAUGUCUGCUGCAGAGGGACAAGAGAGUGCCAUGAGAAAACUAGUUUUGAUCAGUCAUGGAAAUAAAAGUGCUGAAAACAAAUUGGUUCCCUAUUUAAAAAGAUGGAGUACAAGCUAUGAAAGAAAAAUACUGGAGUUUUAGUGCAGGUACAGCCAAUUAGCGCAAUAAAUUAUAUUGCAAUAGUCAAAACAAUAUGAUACGAUAUAGAGUCAAAAAGAAUAUCCCGAUAUAUCACAUAAAUAGAUAGUUACGUAUCACAGUGAUGGAUGGCACGUUCACCAAAGUUAUUCUAGUAUUGCUAAUGAAUUGAAUCACAAUUUUAAAUAGAAUGAUAUCUCAAAAUGAGAAAAUAAACAAGCUGAAAACCUUUUCCAAAUAAUAUCCAGAGGAAUCCAAGUGCACGUUAUCUGAAAUGCUCCAUUUGUGAUGUGUGCAGUGCACCCAGUAUUUUCAUAUUGUUCAUGGCAUUCCAAGCUCUGACCAUCCAUCAGGGUUUGGCAGUGGAGCCUAGGCAGACAGUAUCCAUGAACAGAUGCAGUGCACUCCAUGGCCUCCCUCAAUUCAGUCUCUCAGGCUGCGUCCCAAAUGGUCAAAAGUAGUGCACUAUACUCUUUUCAUGACAUAAACUGACCAGGUGAAUCCAGGUGAAAGCUAUGAUCCCUUAUUGAUGUCACUUUUUAAAUCCACUUCAAUCAAUGUAGAUGAAGGGGAGGGGACAGGUUAAAGAAGGAUUUUAAAGCCUUGAGACAAUUGAGACAUGGAUUGUGUAUGUGUGCCAUUCAGAGGGUGAAUGUGCAAGACAAAAGCUUUAAGUGCCUUUGAACAGGGUAUGGUAGUAGGUGCCAGGCACACCGGUUUGAGUGUGUCAAGAACUGCAACGCUGCUGGGGUUUUCACGUUCAACAGUUUCCCGUGUGUAUCAAGAAUGGUCCACCAUCCAAAGGACAUCCAGCCAACUUGACACAAAUGUGGGAAGCAUUGGAGUCAACAUGGGCCAGCAUCCCUGUGGAACGCUUUUGAUACCUUGUAGUCCAUGCCCCGACGAAUUGAGGCUGUUCUGAGGGCAAAAGGGGGGAUGUAACUCAAUAUUAGGGGGGAUGUAACUCAAUAUUAGUAAGGUGUUCCUAAUGUUUGGUAUACUCACUGUAUAGAGAAUAGGGUACUAUUUUGGGCACAACCUCAGACUCCCAACGGGCCCAUGUUUCUGACAGCACCAGGGGAAUGCACCAAGUUCUGAUAAUCAUCUUAUGAAGAAAGUGUUGAUCUGGUAGUAAAAUGACAUAGAGUUUAAAGAGUGUGCACUUGUAGCUUAUAAGAAGUUGUUUUGGGGGGAUGAAGAAGCCCUGUCGCAGGCAAAAAUAUUUGGUGUGCUGCCAAGGAUAUGUCUUGGCAAAAGGAGUACCAUUGUUUGCCAUGCUCAAAUUUGCAUUUAAGGAUGUUUCCGCAGAGAUUAGUUCAUUGUACCGCUAUGCAAAUAUCAAUCUCAAAACCGUGUGUCUGAAUGCAUUAAGGAAAACGUGUAGUGCACAGGAGCUUUAGGAAAAGUACAUGUGAUAAUGUGCGUGUGAAAGCAACUUGCCGUAGCCUACAUGUGAGAACAAAUGCCCUAUAAUGGGAAGAGGAGAUACUGCAGGAGAAUAGCUUUGGGGGGCAAAAUUUCCAGUAACAGAGAGUCAUAAAUAACCCUUAAGUAGAAGAGGAAGGGCUAGGUGGCUUAUUAAGGUAGCUCCACCUGCUGCCAGCCAAUCAGGUGGGCUUACAGUCUAGGUGUUCGCUGCAUUCAGAUCUUGACUUGCCUUGUGGGCAAACAAGGCCAUGAGCUCAGCUGGCACAAGCUUGCUGAUAUCAGUUUGGACCCUGAAAACCAACCUGACAAUCUAUCCAAGCAAACAGGUAGCAGAAUAAGGGGCCAAAGGCUCAAGGGGUCUCUAGCAUCGCUGCGGAAAGUAGGGGUUCUGCAGCACCCCGUGAAAAAUCAUUUUUAAAAAAACUAUAAUACAAAUACAAAAAUAGCCGUCAGCAGCAGGGAGAAAAAAUUAUGUCGGCAAGUUUUGCAUAUAAGAUAUAUCCUACCUUUUUAGGAAGAAAAUGAAAAAGCCUUUUCCUUUUCAAUGAUGAUCACAUUUUUUGAUAGCACCUCGACACACAUUGGUUGAGCACCCUCCACUUUCUUUUAAUACAAUAGUUAGGCUAAUGCAUACAAAGAAGAAAGACGAACGUUUCCAAAUAAUCUGCGGGACAACAAAAAUAUUUUCAUCCCAAAGUUGUCUGUCUGAUCGACCGCUCCCAACCGCAGCAUGAAAAAUGCAGACUGCGCUGCAAUGAUCUCUGUUGGGACCCGCAGGUCCUGUGGGCAUCCCGCGGGAAUGCAGCCCUCUACUGAUCUAAGUUCCAACUGUAAUGAAAACAUUUUAAAAAAUGCAAAGAUAUGCUACUACUUGCCUUAAGUGCUUCCCUGUAUCAUACAUGUUUGUGUCAUUGGGUUCAAAAUGAGACCAUGCACCAAACCCAAAGCUCAGAAUUUGCAUACCCAUGUCAGGCUCAGAGAGGGCUUAAUCCUACCACUUUGUCCUGCCACUACUUUUUAACUGGAAAAAGUCUGACAGAUUCUAUGCUUUUUCUAUUUAAAAAAAAAUCCAUAUACUAGUAUCCCAAUAUAUAUGAAAAUGUUUACAGCUCAUGAACAACAUAUGAAAUAUAUGCAAUUUCUACCUCCAAUAUAUGCAUAAACUCUGUUUCACAUGAAUAAACCUUCAUUUCUGUCUUUCUGUAUUUUGUCCCCUCAGGUUCCCUGAACCCAGGAAGUAUCCGCUACAAAUUCAACUUCAUUGCCGAUGUGGUGGAUAAGAUAGCCCCAGCUGUGGUGCACCUAGAGCUUUUCAAGAGGUAGAAGCAGCAAGUACAGUAUUGGAGCCCUUUACUCUUCCUGUCUGUAAUAUACUACACAAUGCGUUUUGCAGCAACAUAUUGAAGUAGGCCUCUAACACAGUUGUUGUUUUGUUGACUGGGUGUUUUUGGCAAACCCUUCAUUGGAACUGAUUCCCUUAUAUUUUGGUAUGAUGAUGAAAGCAACCUGAUUGGUUGGUGUGUCUUUUCACUCAGGUUGCCAUUUUCGAACCAGGAAGUCCCCGUCUCUAGUGGUUCGGGGUUCAUCGUGUCAGAGGACGGCUGGAUCGUCACCAACGCCCACGUUCUCUCCAACAAGCAGAGAGUCAAAGUGGAGAUGAAGAACGGUGUCCAAUACGAUGCCUCCGUCAAGGAUGUGGACACGAAGCUAGACAUUGCACUCAUCAAAAUUGAGUCGGAUGUGAGUCCACUUCCUUUUCCUUCUCCCUAAAAUGAGGCUGUUCCAAGGGCCCUCUCUCAUUCCACAGGUCCUCACACAAAAUGUUGCUUGGUGUUUUCCACUGGCCUGCUGGAUUGUCAUCAGUGACUAACAUCAAAAAGGCGACUGAGGGUCUUUCGCCUGAACAAAAUUAGAUUCCACUCCUUGACAUGUCAAUUUGUCGUCAAGUUUUCCUAUAGAACUGCAAUCAUUGGUUCUGGUCUUACAAAUUCACAGCUUCAGCCCUUUUUUCUUCAGUAUUCGCAAGUGGUGCUGUUACUAAAACAUUUGUCACCGCAACGACAGGCGCUUGGGUAAACAGCUCCUUUGUGUGGCAUUAUGGGAUCCCUGGCCAAAACACAGUCCACUAAAACCCAAUCCAGGCCAGGGCCAAACCAUGCAGGCAAUACAACUGAUCAUUUUGACUCAGCUCAUCACUACACACUAUACUAUAGAAGACUAGAAACUUCCGUGUAGACUACAAACGCAGUAGAAAGGGAAUAGAAUGAGUUUGUGAUGGUAUACAGUAAGCGGUCAUAGGCUGCAACAGACCCCAAAAGUUGCCUGCAAAGUGAAGCUGUGAUGGAACAGGGCUUUACACCCUAGAGGUGCUAGCAAUGGAAAUAAACUGUAAGCGUCAGAUUCCAGCAAUAAAAAUACUUCAACCAACGGCAAGAAAAGUCAGGUGGAUACACGCUUAGGCUGGGUGUGAAGGUUAAAGUGAGAGUGCCUUGUUGGCUUUACUGAUCUUUCAGUGCUAUAGGGUCUUCUGUUGAUAGGGGGUGUACUUUACAUCAAACUGCCUCAAGCUUCAGAAACAGGAGAUAGGCUGGCUGUUCUGGCUCGGACACGGCUUAAAGAAAAGCCUAAACAUUUCUGGGUUCUGGAACAGUACUUCAGGUCUCAGGAAAGCAGUAGCUAUGCUAACUCACUAUCUUCACAUAAUUAAAUAGAACACUAGAAUGAACAUUGAUAUCCUAGCAACAUGAAACAGUGGAUUUGUGAUUUAUAUGAUCUCUAUGUUUGUUUUGUUCUGUAGAGUCCACUGCCGGUGCUUCUGCUGGGCCACUCGUCUGACCUGCGGCCGGGGGAGUUUGUGGUGGCCGUGGGCAGUCCCUUCUCCCUGCAGGUAAAGGGAGAGAACAUGCUCAACUGUUAUCCUCUUGCGUAAACAAAUUAAAUGAUUAUUGGAACCACAAAUAGAUCACAACAAACAUGAAAAAGGCCAGCACUCACUUGGAUAUAAGUUGUAAUUGAAGCUUUGUUUGAAUUUUCUUCCCCCCUGCAGAACACUGUCACUACAGGCAUCAUCAGCACGGCCCAUAGGAACGGCCUGGAGCUGGGACUCAAAGACUCUGACAUGGAGUACAUCCAGACGGAUGCCAUCAUCAACGUGAGUAAUUGUCUGUGACUCAAAUGGCACCCUAUUCCCUGUUUAGUGCAGUACUUUUGACCAGAGCCCUAUAGGCCCUGCAUGGUCAAAAGUAGUGCACUAUAUAGGGAAUAGGGUGCCAUUUAGGAUGCAAACGUGAAACAUGGCUGUCAAGCAGCAGUAUUUGGAGAAUUGUUUUACUGCAUGUGCAUCUCUUUACAUAUCAUUACAUACUGUAUGUCUCCAGCUUCUCGUCUCUGUUUUGGAUUAAACAUUGCACUGCAAUACAUUUGUCAAUACAUUUUGUUUAUUGCUCUGUUCUUUUACAGUAUGGCAACUCAGGGGGACCACUUGUUAACUUGGUAAGGGGAUUUACUAGAUAUUGUAUUUGAGAGGAUUGUAAUAUGUAAUCAGCACAUUUGAAAUGCAGGCAGGCUGUGUAUCUUUCUUUUUUCAUUUAGGAAAGAGAUUUGCAAGGUCAUAAUUCUGUUUUCUAUAUAAGGCAUACUGCUCAAGGUCCACAUUCUGUGUUUUACUGUGACAUCUGUUGUUUUAAAAUCCGCCACGGGAAACAUUCUUUAUCUACAGACUCCUGUAAUAGUGAUGACGUACACUACCGGUCAAAAGUUUUACUACACCUACUCAUUCAAUGGUUUUUCUUAAUUUUUACUAUUUUCUACAUUGUAGAAUAAUAGUGAAGACAUCAAAGCAAAAUCCAUUUGAUAUUUUAGAUUCUUCAAAUAGCCACCCUUUGCCUUGAUGACAGCUUUGCACACUCUUGGCAUUCUCUCAACCAGCUUCACCUGGAAUGCUUUUCCAACAGUCUUGAAGGAGGUCCCACAUAUGCUGAGCACUUGUUGGCUGCUUUUCCUUCACUCUGCGGUCCGACUCAUCCCAAACCAUCUCAAUUUCAUUGAGGUCCUGGGAUUGUGGAGGCCAGGUCAUCUGAUGCAGCACUCCAUCACUCUCCUCCUUGGUAAAAUAGCCCUUACACAGCCUGGAGGUGUGUUGGGUCAUUGUCCUGUUGAAAAACAAAUGAUAGUCCCACUAAGCCCAAACCAGAUGGGAGGGCGUAUCGCUGCAGAAUGCUGUGGUAGCCAUGCUGGUUAAGUGUGCCUUGAAUUCUAAAUAAAUCACAGACAGUGUCACCAGCAAAGCACCCCCACACCAUAACACCACCUCCUCCAUGCUUCACAGUGGGAAAUACACAUGCGGAGAUCAUCCGUUCACCCACAUCGUGUCUCACAAAGACACGGCGGUUGGAACCAAAAAUCUCCAAUUUGGACUCCAGACCAAAGGACACAUUUCCACUGGUCUAAUGUCCAUUGCUCGUGAUUCUUGGCCCAAGCAAGUCUCUUCUUCGUAUUGGUGUCCUUUAGUAGUGGUUUCCUUGCAGCAAUUCGACCAUGAAGGCCUGAUUCACACAGUCUCCUCUGAACAGUUGAUGUUGAGAUGCGUCUGUUACUUGAACUCUGUGAAGCAUUUAAAAGGGGCUGCAAUUUCUGAGGCUGGUAACUCUAAUUAACUUAUCCUCUGCAGCAGAGGUAACUCUGGGUCUUCCAUUCCUGUGGCGGUCCUCAUGAGAGCCAGUUUCAUCAUAGCGCUUGAUGGUUUUUGCGACUGCACUUGAAGAAACUUUCAAAGAUCUUGAAAUGUUCCGUAUUGACUGACCUUCAUGUCUUAAAGUAAUAAUGGACUGUCGUUUCUCUUUGCUUAUUUGAGCUGUUCUUGCCAUAAUAUGGACUUGGUCUUUUACCAAAUAGGGCUAUCUUCUGUAUACCUCCCCUACCUUGUCACAACACAACUGAUUGGCUCAAACGCAUUAAGAAGGAAAGAAAUUCCACAAAUUAACUUUUAACAAGGCACACCUGUUAAUUGAAAUGCAUUCCAGAUGACUACCUCAUGAAGCUGGUUGAGAGAAUGCCAAGAGUGUACAAAGCUGUCAUCAAGGCAAAGGGUGGCUAUUUGAAGAAUCUCAAAUAUAACAUAUAUUUUGAUUUGUUUAACACUUUUUUGGUUACUACAUGAUUCCAUUUGUGUUAUUUCAUAGUUUUGAUGUCUUCACUAUUAUUCUACAAUGUAAAAAAACUGUAAAGAUAAAGAAAAACCCUUGAAUGAGUAGGUGUUCUAAAACUUUUGACUGGUAGUGUGUCUGCCUAUUGAUCUCAAAGCAGAAAGAUUAUCCUACAGUCGCCCUUGACAAAGCUUAAGGCCUUUCUUCACCCGCUAUAUAUUUUUUUCCAUCUAAGUCUUAUGCACAACAUUGCAUUUAUAUAAAACAUAAUUGUGCACACAUACACAAUUACAUAGGAUAUAGCAAGGCAGUGGCCUCAAGCUACAGUGGGGGAGAACAAGUAUUUGAUACACUGCCGAUUAUGCAGGUUUUCCUACUUAGAAAGCAUGUAGAGGUCUGUAAUUUUUAUCAUAGGUACACUUCAACUGUGAGAGACGGAAUCUAAAACAAAAAUCCAGAAAAUCACAUUGUAUGAUUUUUAAAUAAUUAAUUUGCAUUUUAUUGCAUGACAUAAGUAUUUGAUCACCUACCAACCAGUAAGAAUUCCGGCUCUCACAGACCUGUUAGUUUUUCUUUAAGAAGCCUUCCUGUUCUCCACUCAUGUCCUGUAUUAACUGCACCUGUUUGAACUCGUUACCUGUAUAAAAGACACCUGUCCACACACUCAAUCAAACAGACUACAACCUCUCCACAAUGGCCAAGACCAGAGAGCUGUGUAAGGACAUCAGGGAUAAAAUUGUAGACCUGCACAAGGCUGGGAUGGGCUACAGGACAAUAGGCAAGCAGCUUGGUGAGAAGGCAACAACUGCUGUUGGCGCAAUUAUUAGAAAAUGGAAGAAGUUCAAGAUGACGGUCAAUCACCCUCGGUCUGGGGCUCCAUGCAAGAUCUCAUCUCGUGGGGCAUCAAUGAUCAUGAGGAAGGUGAGGGAUCAGCCCAGAACUACACGGCAGGACCUGGUCAAUGACCUGAAGACAGCUGGGACCACAGUCUCAAAGAAAACCAGUAGUAACACACUACGCCAUCAUGGAUUAAAAUCCUGCAGCGCAUGCAAGGUCCCCCUGCUCAAGCCAGCGCAUGUCCAGGCCCAUCUGAAGUUUGCCAAUGACCAUCUGGAUGAUCCAGAGACGAGGAAUGGGAGAAAGUCAUGUGGUCGAUGAGACAAAGCUUUUCUGGUCUAAACUCCACUCGCCGUGUUUGGAGGAAGAAGAAGGAUGAGUACAACCCCAAGAACACCAUCCCAACCGUGAAGCAUGGAGGUGGAAACAUCAUUCUUUGGGGAUGCUUUUCUGCAAAGGGGACAGGACGACUGCACCGUAUUGAGGGGAGGAUGGAUGGGGCCAUGUAUCGUGAGAUCUUGGCCAACAACCUCCUUCCCUCAGUAAGAGCAUUGAAGAUGGGUUGUGGCUGGGUCUUCCAGCAUGACAACGACCCGAAACACACAGCCAGGGCAACUAAGGAGUGGCUCCGUAAGAAGCAUCUCAAGGUCCUGGAGUGGCCUAGCCAGUCUCCAGACCUGAACCCAAUAGAAAAUCUUUGGAGGGAGCUGAAAGUCCGUAUUGCCCAGCGACAGCCCCGAAACCUGAAGGAUCUGGAGAAGGUCUGUAUGGAGGAGUGGGCCAAAAUCCCUGCUGCAGUGUGUGCAAACCUGGUCAAGACCUACAGGAAACGUAUGAUCUCUGUAAUUGCAAACAAAGGUUUCUGUACCAAAUAUUAAGUUCUGCUUUUCUGAUGUAUCAAAUGCUUAUGUCAUGCAAUAAAAUGCAAAUUAAUUACUUAAAAAUCAUACAAUGUGAUUUUCUGGAUUUUUGUUUUAGAGUCUCUCACAGUUUAAGUGUACCUAUGAUAAAAAUUACAGACCUCUACAUGCUUUGUAAGUAGGAAAACCUGCAAAAUGUUCUCCUCACUGUAUGUUGUAAAAAGACUGCUUUCCUUUCAAAUAAACCAAAGGAUACACGUACAUUCUGUUCCUUCACUCAGUGAGAAUUACCAUGCUUAGCAUCACACAUGGAAACAACAGAACAGCAGAAAAUUAUUGGAACAACAGGAUGAACAGAAUAUAACAUUACAAAUGUUGACUGACAUGUUUAAAGGAACUUUCAUUCAUGAAAGUACAUAUUCCAUGCAUGUAUAUCAGAUGCAUAUUUCUGUUUAUAUUCAAAAUGGUUUAUGUUCAAUUUGGACUUGUUUCAAGGAUGGGGAUGUCAUUGGCAUAAAUACUCUGAAGGUCACAGCAGGAAUAUCCUUUGCAAUUCCUGCUGACAGAAUACGCCAAUUCCUUGCGGAUUCCUACGACAGACAAAUCAAAGGUUUGUAUGAUUAAUUCUUCACUACCGAUUUCACUAAUAUACCACCUAAUUUACAUUUACUGGUUCAGAUUGCUGAUGAUUUGGCACAGUUCUAUACAAUAAUUUGGUAUUCUAUAAUUGUUCUUAUUUUACUAUAUUGCUAUCAGGAAAGACACUGCCAAAAAAGAAAUACAUGGGUGUCCGGAUGCUUCAACUUUCAACUCAGUGAGUAAACAUCUGCUUGUGGUCAGAAGGUAUCACUUUUCCAUGGUAAGUCCCAAAUCACACCCUAUUCCCAAAACAGUACACUACUUUUGACCAGGGAAUAGGGUGACAUUGGGGAUGCAACCCUUGUCAUUAUUACUGGCAUGUUUACUAUGCUCCAUAAAUGCUGAUCCCAAUUAAACCACAAUCUAUAUUAAGUGUACGGUCAAAUUGUUGCCUUUCUCAGAAUUUUGCUGGCUAAAACUUACGUGACCAUUUCUAAGUCUUACCAUACUGUGUUGAUGUAAUAUCCUCUGUGUCCUCCUCCCAGUUUGAUCCGAGAUCUGAGGGAUCGGGAGAGCGACUUCCCAGAUGUGAGCUCAGGAGUGUACGUUUAUGAAGUGAUCCCAGGAACAGCUGCCUCCAGGUAAGACUGAGUGUGCAUCCCAAAUGGCACCCUAUUCUUAAAGUGCACUACUUUUGACUGGAGACCUAUCGGCCCUGGUCAAAAGUAGUGCACUACUGUAAAACUUAAAUGAAUAGCCCAGACGUUUAUUUGCUUCAAUCACUGAACACAACCGGCUCUUAUUAGACAGGCAUCUAUUUCCUUAAUGCACACAGCUUUUGUUCAAUAAAAUGUUGAAAAGACUACUACACUGCUUAUUGUGACCAGUAUACACAUUAGAAUAACAAAUAAAUUACAGAUCAGACUUGCAAAGGCUAGGCUGCCUAUCAUACACCCCUGAUUUUGCGCUUUAGCACCAGUCUCUCACUCACACCUCGUUGCGCCGUGUAUCCCCCGUAGUUGAGCUGACCAUGUCAAACCCCACUGCUGUCUCAUCCAUGGCAAUGAUGUUGCUCUCCUUUAUCUUCUUGAUGGUACUCACUGAAGUUCACUCCUAAACAAUUCGUUUUGACCCAGCUUUUAUUUGAAACAAGCGUUUAUUUGCUGAAAUGUGUGCCGAUGCCCGGCUGGUAAGGGACAGGCGGCUAUUUUAGGACACAGAGUCAAGUUUAGACUUCUUCUCAUUAUUGGCAUUGGUGGGAACACCCAUUCCCACAGAAGGCCUGAUAAAGGGACAAUACCGCCAUUACUAUGUUAUUCACAGAUGAUAGUUUGGUGUAUUUGAGUGGUCUACAGACCUAAAUCUGACAAUUACCUGUUACAUUGCGCUUUUUGAGGAACGUUAUUAAAUUCAUAUUAACAAAGCAGUUUCAAUGGGAUAUAAUAAGCAUCCAGGACACAACUUGAAACAAGUCUAUGAUUUGUGCUGAGCAGUAGGAUACUUGUCUGUUGUUUUUCCAUUGGGUCUUGGUCAAAUGGAUGAGCAGACAGUGCUGUGCAAAAAGGGGUUUGGAGGCACCAGGAUAUUUUCAAAGGAAUGGAAUGACAUCCCUGUGGUUAUCACGGCUAUUAGACUAGACUCUGGUCCAGAUCUCUACUACACUCCAGCUAGCAGCCACCCACAGGCAGGUUUCUGAUUACUUCCUCUUCCUGGCUACGCCCCAAAUGGCACCCAAUUCCCUUUAUAGUGCACUACUUUUGACCAGAUCCCAUAGGAGGGCGCAUCCCCUCUUACCCCAUGCAGAAAAAGCUAGAAAAGUCAGGAGCUCACAUCUGUCUCAAUAGCUCUGUGUGCUAUGUUGUACUUAUGGGUAAUAGCAGGAAGUAGCCCCCACAGCUAUGGAACACAAACAUGCAUGCAGCAGCCCUCUCAAACAAAAGCUUCUGAAUCUGAAUGCUAAUCAAAAUGGCUAAUAGAUGUUCCAACGGUCCAAUAAUAAGCCAGCCUGGCUAACAAUAAAAAACGAGUGAAUGGUACUGAUUGGCCUAUUAUCUGUUGGAUUUGAAGCCGCCGGCAUCUCUCUCGGAUCAAGACACAGAAUCUGCAACUUAGUCUAAAGGUCAAUGCUUGUUCCUUUAGGGCAUGAGAUGAGAAGUCAGAGAAAGGUUGAGUUUCGUAUAAUAGCGAGGGUGUGUUAUCCUGAGUGCCAGUCUGUCUGUGCCAUCAUGCCAACUCCUUGUCACGCCAAACAUUGGCUUGACAAUGAUGGCAAUCAAUGGAGUUGGCAAGAGCACAAACAGAUCUGGGCCCAGGCUAGGUGUGUGUAGUGUGUUAAUUGUUGUCCAAUGCAUGUUCCCCAUGCAGUGCUGGCAUGAUUAACCAUGAUGUUAUAAUCAGCAUCAACGGGCAACCCAUCCAGACCACAGAUGAGGUGAGUGAUGCUGUCCAGUCAGGCAGUCCGCUGUCCGUGGUAGUGCGGCGAGCUAACGAAGACAUCAUGAUAAAGGUUGUCCCUGAGGAAAUCGACUGAGUUGCCUGCCUGUCUCUCCACUCAUUGUGUCCCGUACACACGGAGGUUUUGACACAAUGGUUGUGAUACAAUGAUGGCGAUACAACAGAUUUUUUGUGAUACAACAGUUUGUCUGCACAAAAAUGUUUACAAUCAUUGUGCGAUGUUUCCACGACGAUUGUGUUAUUUUUGUAUAUAAAAACUCUUGUAUCACAACAGUUGUGCCAAAUGCAUUGUACAUCAGUUGUUUAUGGUGCCUGUAUGUCGCAAGUGAAUUCAAGUAAAUGUGGUUCAUGCCAUACGUGCACGUGUUAGAGCUGAUGUACUCCCAUAACAAUAUACGUAGUUACAAUAUGCAACAUUCUGGUGAUGGGAGUCCCUUAUGAACUGUGCUGCACCUAUUUCUCUGCCAGAACUAUUGAAUCCAAUGUACUUAGGAGACAUUCAGCUCUAGUGGCAUGGUUUAAUAGUUUUUUUAGUCAUGAUAUGUACAAUAAGUGUUACCUCUGGAAGUGGUGAAUAUGAUAUUUGUGGACACUUGUAAUAAAAUCUUUAUAGUACUUGGCUCUAAAACCUGUUUUCCUUUCCUCUAAGUGCUGGAGU